UCUGGCCACACUAUAAAUCGGACAACAAAACAUUCCCCAAAAACGGUUUUAUUAUCAGUUUAAAGCUGUUAAAGAAUACCAUUGUUUGAGAAAAAUAGGGGGGACACCAUGUCCAAGGAACACUGGAUGCGGGAUCUGCCAACGGCGUUGCGCGACAUGUCCAUCAUAAAUCUGGCCAUUCCAGGUUCCCAUAACUCCAUGACCUACGGCAUAAGCAGUAAAUCCAGUCUGGCGCCAGAUGCUGACAGCACCGUCCGGCGAUGGCAUCGCUUCUUCCCCUGCUUUGUGCGCCGCUGGAGCAGGACGCAAUCCUCCGGCAUAGUGGAGCAACUGCAGCUUGGUGUGCGUUACUUUGACCUGCGGAUAGCACAAAAGGAUGACAAGUUUUACUACUGCCACGGCCUGUUUUGCAUGGAGGUGUUUGAGCCCCUUCUGGAGCUUCGCCACUUCCUGGACUCCCAUCCCGAGGAGGUCGUCAUCCUGGACUUGCAGCACUUUUACGCACUGACAGUGGCCCAUCACCAGCAAUUACACAAGGAUCUUAUCAGCUUCUUCGGCCAUCGGCUCUAUUCCACCGCAGAUGGAUCCCUUAAAGAUUGCACUCUGAACCGGUGUUUGGAGCUGCAACGUCAAUUGAUCGUCAUCUAUAGGAGGUGUCCCAUUCCGCUUCCCCUGCGAUUUUGGCCCAGUUAUGCUUGGCCAACGCCCUGGCCAAAUAAGUCGAGCGUAAAGCAGUUGCAAUCAUUUCUGCAGGACUCUCUUCUCUCCCGACAGCCCCAACAGGGUUACGUAUCCCAGUGCCUCAUAACGCCCACUGGUCGUUAUAUUGCCUUCCGCGUCUUCUUCACCCUGAAGAGCACGGCCAAGCGUGUAGAUAAGAAGCUUAAGCCCUGGAUAGAGGACCAAGUACCCGGUCCCUUCGAGCCCAAAGAGGAGCCCAGGGUAAAUGUCUUCCUAGCCGAUUUCGUAAACCUUAAGGAGGGACAGUGGUGCGAUUGGGUGCUGGAGCUCAACACAAAGUUGGAGAAAGGUAUAACGGAAGACGGCCAGCAGGAGCAGGAUUCAGCUUCUUGAUUGGUCAAAUAAAAGAGUUUAUCAAAAGGUGCUAAAUUUUGUUACUUUUAUAUAAAAAUGCAACGUUAAAUAUUAUAUAUAUGUACAUCUAAAUAAAUCAGGUCAAUGCACAAAUAAAACCCAUA